AGGCACUGGCCCUGAGGCCUGAUGGGCCUCCGAAUUAUGUACUGAGACACACGCCCCCCGUCAUUAGAAAUCUUCGUCCAUAUGCGGGCAUUAUGUCUUUGGCGUUUUAAUAAUUUGGGCUCCCAGUGGCCGCCAGCCCCACCGUCAACGGGGGCUUUCGCUCCAGUAUGGGGAACGGGUCACAUAAAGACUCCUCGAGGCCGACAAGUGUGCCUAAGAUACGCCAAUACUUACGUCAUCGUCCAUAGCGUUGUUACAGCGAUCUCACCGGCCACCGGUUUAGCCAUCUGUUCAACCCUGAUGAAGGCAUCGCUCAUAGCCGAGCGCUGGAUCAUGAAUGGAGCUGUUCCCGGAUCCACGUUUCGUCCGAAAUUGAUGCAACCGUCAACACCACUGGUUUAACAUGGCUAUAAAGCUGUUGUCUAUCAUUAGUAUCCUCCAAACAUCCCACAUCUUUUCUGUAGACAUGGAGACAUUUUCCGCUCAGCUGUUACCAGAGUAUACGCCAUCUAAGCCUGCACCUGACUAUUCUUCUAAACUACUUCCUGGUGAGAAGUGCAUACAAAGAUCACCUUGGACGACCCAACGUGGAGACAAUGCAUCAUUUACUUUCCGGGAAAGAGGGAUGACCCUCAAACUGAUGGACUGUCGUGAAGAGGACCGUCAUCCAUCCUAUGGUCUGGGGAGUACUAUUCGAGGAGAAGUUGCACUUGACAAUCGCCAGAGAGUUGUAGCUAUUGCAGCGAGGCUUGAAGGUCGUGUCUACCUUUCAGGGCAACCAACCCAGGUAGUGAAUAUUAUUUCAAAGGAGCGGACACUAUGGGAGAGCUCCACUCUAAAUGGACAAACUUGUCCCAGCAUCAUGCCAUUAUCAAUGUCUUUUCCAACAUCCUAUCGAGAGCGUGGCCAGGAGCGUCCUUUCCGCUUACCGCCGUCCUUUGAGCUAUCGCAACCGCGACGCGUGGCUAUAGUUUACACGCUGCAGAUCAUUGCUACAAAGUCGAGAAGCGUCCCAAUGAUCGGAAAAAAGCUUUCGAGGGAGGUAUACAUGAACAUUCACAUCAGGUACCGUCCCCGAGUACGGCCAUCAAGGCCAGUCCCAGAUUCCUUCAGCGAGGUGAAACAAUCUCCUGAGGAUUGGAUGGAGAACGUUUGGAUCACGAAGCCGUCCGUUGAUACAGGAAACGAAGCAUUCUUGGCACGCUGUCAUUUCUUCUUUCCUUCCGUCCGUGUAUUCACUGCUUCGGAAAAAAUACCUUUCCAUUUGCGACUAGAGACUUCGCCACUCUUCUUACACAGUCUUGCGAAGCUCUUCCUUCCUCACCAAAAUCCCUCGGAAAUAGAGGAAGUUUUAAACGUGUUUAUACUACGAAAGACUACCGUCAAUAUUCAAGGCACGUCAUUCAGUCACGACCAAGUUCUUGGUCGCGGGGAGAUGAUGCUGCAAUCAUCAUCUACCUCCAAAGUCGUAAUAUCAGAAUCAGAAGAGCCUGUGAUAUGGAAUUGGAAUGGCGACCUUCGGUGUGAAGUUCCCGUCUUAAACACUGGUUUCACUACCAGCCAGGUUAGCACUUCGGACUACAUUGUGCUGUCUUUACUACUCCCCCCUGGUGAAUUGAGACCCGACCAUUCACUUCAACGCGUUAUCCCUAUACGACUUGCUACAGAACCAUGGAUCGAUCGCUCGUGAACUCAUUUUAUCUCAUCGCAUUGUGUUUUGGCUACUGCACUGUAUAUAUAUUCACAACCACAUCGUCAUCUGCUAUAUCCUUAUCAUUCAUUAUAACUUCUACUUCGUGCUAUAUUACUAACUUAUAGUUUUUUUACAAGUCUAGUACCCAGUGUACCAAGAUCACAUACAUUCAUAUUCAUACUGUACAGAUUAGGCGGCCUUCAUACCUUAUAUCAUUGAUUCUGUUCACGGAACAGUUUAAUUAUGCUGAAUGUAUUCUUGAUCAAAUCUUUCCUGUACCAGUGUUCUAUUUUGUGUUCCCCUAUCAGGAUGUUUGCAUUGCAAAGGGGUCCACUUGUAAUGAGUUUAAAUUUAAAAGGUCCAACAUCAGGCCUCAGGCUUCAUGCG